GGCUCGGCCUAGGCCUCCAUUUUGCAGUCGUUUCUCAACCUCUGCUGUUUCCACUGGAGCCGCGGCUGUUUGAGCACAUAAAGUUCACCCUUGUUCCUGAAGCUGAGCACGAACCCUUGACGGACGACAUCAUGACUGACCCGGCGGCGGACGUGGAGGUUCCGGAGGGCGCGGAGGUUCGCAGACUGUCCGAGCUGCGAGUCAUCGACCUGAAGGCCGAGCUGAAGAAGCGAAACCAGGACACCACGGGCGUCAAGAGCGUGUUGUCGGAGCGUCUGAAGAAGGCCAUCGAGGAGGAGGGCGGAAAUCCCGAUGAGAUCACUGUGGUUCCAGAUUCUGCACCGAAGAAGAGCAACGCUGCACCCAAACGAGCUGCCAGAGACACAAGACCAGAGAAUGAUGAACCAGAGGACAGCCCUGUCGAGGAGGACGCUCAUGACGGACAUGAGGAUUCACAAGAUGAUCAAGAGAACAUGCAGGAGAUGGACAUUCUCGACAUGAGCGUGCUGGAUGAGACGGAGAACGACAAUGGAAUACCGGCUGAGGAUGACGAGAAUGAAGCGGAAUAUUUGCAGGGAGAUGAUGAUGAUGAAGUGAUGAAUGAACAAACUGACACCCAAGCUUUGGAGUCAGAAGAUGAAGCGAAAGCUCCGGAGCAGAUGGACGAGUCUGAGGUGUUGGACAAGGAUGACCAUAUGACAAGCGCAUCAAUCAAUAUGGCUCCAGAUGCAGACGACGCGAAAGAAGACGCAGAAAAUGACAAAGUAGCCGGGUCUUGUUUAUCUGAGCCGCUUAUCGAAGAUCGCCACCAGAGCGACGAGACGAGCCCUGAAGAUGAGCAAGCCGCCACCACCGGAGGGGAAGACAGUGUGUCCGAUACUGGUUCCAAGUCCGACAAAGCCGCCCCUGGAGAUGUGGAGAGCGACCGAGAUGUUGUGGAGGCUGACACCAAAGAGGUUGGGGACGCCCUUAAUGUCCCAGAAGAGACCAUGGACGCUGAAAACAAAAGCACGCAGGCUGUUAGUGUAAGCGAACAGGGCGCUCUGGGUGAAACUGUUGAUUCAGAAAUUGGGUCUAAGAAGGGUGAGGAGGAUGAGAAGACAGAAGAAGAGAAAGCAGCUGCGGACUCAGCCUCGACAGUGAAAGAGUCCUCUUCUGUAGAGGGCGAUGAUCAGAAAAAGAGCUCUGAGGAAAAAGAUGGUAAGACCGAGUCAAAAGAGGAAAAUGCUGCUGGAAGUGGUGCUACAGCAAGCAGCGGUAGAAAUCUGUGGGUCAGCGGUCUCUCUUCCACUACCAGAGCAACGGAUCUGAAGACCCUAUUCAGCAAAUAUGGCAAGGUUGUUGGAGCUAAGGUGGUGACCAACGCCAAAAGCCCCGGGGCUCGCUGCUAUGGCUUCGUCACCAUGUCCACCACAGAGGAGGCCACCACGUGUAUCAGCCACCUUCACAGAAAUGAGUUGCAUGGAAAGAUGAUCUCUGUGGAGCGGGCUAAAAAUGAGCCAGCGGGGAAAAAGCCAGCAGACAAGAAUGAUGUCAAGAAAGAGAGGAGACACUCCACCGACUCCAAGUCUGAUGGAAAGGAUGAGAAAUCUGAGGGAGAAGGAAAAGAUGGCAAAGGGCGAAAUGAAAGGACUGUAGUUAUGGACAAGUCCAAGGGAGAACCCGUCAUCAGUGUCAAAACCAAAAGCAAAGAGCGAAGCUCAAAGAGUCGUGACCGUAAGUCCCCCAGUAAAGAAAAGAAAGACAUCCUGUCAUUUGACCAGAUCAAGGAGCAGCGGGAGAGGGAGCGGCAGAGACAGCGGGAGAGGGAUGUCCGGGAGGUGGAGAGACGCAGAGUCACUGACCGUGAUCGUGACAACCGCCCGGAUCGUGAGCGUGAGCGAAUCCGUCUGUUCAGGGAGAGAGAGGAGAGAAAACACCUGCUGCGGAAGAGACACUGGCUGGAGACUGAGAGGCAGCGCCUUGAUGCAGACCGGAUGGAGCGUCAGUUCCUGGAGCGCGAAAGGCUUCGUAUAGAAUACGAGCGGCGGCGUGAGCAGGAAAGGAUCCUCAGGGAGCGGGAGGAGCUGAAACGGCAGCAGGACCAGUUGCGUUAUGAGCAGGACCGACGCCCUGUUAAGAGGCCGUAUGACAUGGACAACAGGAAAGACGAUUGGCCUGAGAAGCGCAUCGCCUUGGAUGACCGAGGCGGCCGCUCGGACUUUGGACGACCGGAACGUUACCAGGACUUUGACCACCGAGACCGCGGCCGAUACCAGGAUGACGUGAUGCUUGAUAGGCGAGAUAACACCCGUGGUGUAGGUGCAGACCGAGAUGGUCCGAACUUCUCAGACAGGUCAGAAAGACAUGGAAGAGAGGGUCGAGAGCCCUGGACUGGAGGAGGAUACGACAAGCGCAUGAACCCCAGGGAAGGAGGUCGAGACUGGGAAUCUGGACGGAAGAUGGAAGGAGACAGAACAUGGCAAAGUAGAGACGGUGCUAUUCCAGGCCAGAGCCACAUUGCACGUGGAGGGAUUGCAGGCCGUGGAGGUUACAUCAACACAGGAACAUCUCAGUCUCUCUCUGGAGCUCUGAACCGACAGAACCAGCUGAUGCAGGGCGGCGGGCUGCAGGGUGGAGCUUUUGGUCGACGCUACUGAUGUGUGUCUAUCUGAAGACGCUAGUUGGACUCUUUCAUGAAGUCACGUCAUGGAGGACGUGGCCAUCUUGUUUUUGUAAAUGUUUUGUCUUAAACGUGAUUUCUUUGCUCUUUUUUUUUUUGUCACAAUUCCAAUCCCCAUUUGAUGGAAACCUUUAUCUUUCGUGUUGGUUCUGUUUUUUUGUGACUUAGUGAUUUUCUGCCUUGUAUUUAUGGUUUAGUCCAUCCUACCUUGUUUGUUCACAUCAAAGCUACAUUUUCAGUGCAGAUGUUUAAUAGACACGUAAAUCGAUGGACAUCAGCAGUUUCCCAUGUUUAUCCCAGUUUACAUUUUGAACAUUUUGAAAGCUUUUCGUUCUCAUUAAAUGAAUUUUUGUUGCAGUUCAGAGCUUAGGUCUCAUUUAGACAUUUUUGUCUUUUUAAAACAAAUGGACGAUAAGAUCUCCCUGCUGAAGAAAAUGUUUUUAAAUUAAAUGACUCACUCUGAUUAUCCAAGCUUACUUUUUUAUAUUUCAAUCACUGCAUUUUUGUACAUAGCGUUUAAUUAGUGUGAUUAUCAGAUCAUGGUAGUACAUCCCCUUGAACUGUGAUUAAAAUCUCAAAUUAACUGAAUUGUGGUGUUGCAGCACAAGUUUUCUGUAACUAAAAUCUGUUUUUAGAUUUUGUUCAUAAAGUUUAGUUUUCUUGUC